AACCGGAACCGGAAAAAGCCGACGAGGAAGAAAGAAAGCAGAAAGAGGGAAUUCAAACACCGUCUGAAAACAAUUUUAAACUUGUCGUUUGUUCUCACAGAAUGCAGAGGACGUCCCGCUUGAAGCGUGAACUUCAGAUGCUGAGCACCGAACCUCCUCCUGGAGUAACAUGCUGGCAGACCAAGGAACGCAUCGACGAGCUCCGAGCACAGAUCAUCGGUGGAUCAGGAACUCCAUAUGAAGGUGGACUCUUCUCUCUGGAGAUCAACGUCCCAGAGAGGUACCCUUUUGAGCCCCCAAAAAUACGCUUUCUGACCCCCAUCUAUCAUCCAAAUAUUGACAGCUCAGGUCGUAUCUGCCACGACGCUCUCAAACUCCCGCCAAAGGGUGCCUGGAAACCAUCUCUGAACAUCUCUACAGUUCUCUCCUCCAUUCAGGUGCUCAUGGCUGAGCCUAAUCCAGAUGAUCCACUCAUGGCUGAUAUCUCGUCGGAGUUCAAAUACAACAAAGUGCUGUUUGUGGACAAAGCCAGGAAGUGGACGCAGGAACACGCUGUUCAGAAAAACACGGACGUCGUGGAGGGCAACAAAGAAAACACCCCGGAUCAGAGGAGUUCGUCACGCAAGAGAGAAUCAGUGGGUUCACAGGAGGAGGGAGAGGAGUCGGCGAAGAAAACCUGUGUGUAGUUUUCUCCUGAAUACCCCGUCAAUGUCAAGUAUUCCCCUGAAAUUGAUGGUUCAGGUUUUUGAAGUGUGGUUGUAUGAGACUCGCAUAUUUAAGUCCUUGAUGUCGUAAGAGUGUGUUUGUCUUGUUGCUCCAACAUCGAUUUCCAGACUGCAUACUCUCCCACGCCAGAGUCCAUAGAGAAAAUCUUCAUUUUUACACCACAGCACACGAGAUGUUGAUCCACUUCUGUCUCCAUAUUAUUAUAUAAUAUAUAAUAUUUUGUAAAUUUGGUGUUUGAAAUCAAUGUUCAGAUUUAACUCAAUCACACAAAGUGACCACACGAGGCAGCGGAGGACCAGCAGGCCCUGUGUUCCCAUGAGCUAUAACCUCUGAUUUUCUCUAUGGACUUUGUUGUGGGGACAGUGAUUGAUUAGUAAACUUUAGUCUUCAGUCAAAAUAAGAUGGGAUAAAGUGGUGAAAGUGUUUUAUGGUUAUUAUAAUUAUUACUUUGGCUUUUUUUUCCCAGUUUUAAAACAAAAUCAACCACAAGGGUGUGCUCACAGCACAGUUGUUGCUGACCUUACCAGUAUGUGACACAACCACACUUCAGAAUAAACAAAAUACCAACAUUUAAUAUUUUCUUAAUUCAGAGAUACAUAUGCUUAUUUAUAUUUGUGUUGUGAUAUUAAAGUUUCUUUCAUAACUCAA